UUGGGCCGGAACAGGCUCGCUUUGUGAAGUGGUUUUGGGGGCGAUGGGGCUGGCGGGGAAGUCGGUACUAGGGCAGCAGGCGUUGUGUCAAAAGGCGGGGGCCCCCCAAGUUGCCAUGCUUGCGGUUGGCUGGCUCUUUUUUCUAUCUUCCUCGGUGUCUUCAUUUUGCCAAAUGUGAAUGCUUCGAUCUUCGUCCCUGGCCCUUCCCCCUUCUCCCUUGUGCCUGCGUUGAGUUAGGAGUGCACCCUGCUUUCCCAAAGAGGAGAACUUCUUGGUGCUGCUCCUAAACAGCUGAGUUUAGGAGGAGAAGACUGAAUGAUCCAGCCUCAAAAGGAAAGGAAGGAUUGUGGCGUUGACUCCUGGCGACCACAGAGCCAUGUGAUUUUCUUGAUUAUGUCUACUUUGAAAACUCUUCAAGUAACCCAUAUUUGAUACGUAGAAUAGAAGAACUCAAUAAGAAAUAUACUCCUUCUGCCGGGGCGGCUACAAAAUAUCCCUCUAGCCGGGAAGAGAAAUCUGACUUUCGUUGACAGCACUCCAAAUACAACAUGAAAAUUCGAUCAGGAGUUCCUGGCAGACAGCCCAGUGAGGUGGGCAGUAGUUUCAGUAAGACGCUGCCCAGACAUUUACCCAGGAGAGAAGAGCCUCGAUCUAUUCGGAUUGCUAAAAACCUGCCAGGAAUUGUUCGAUAUUUCUUUACAACCUGCUAAGAAUGACUAUGACUUAUUUGUGAGGGAAGGCUUGCAGGUUGGAUGCACUGAACUAGUGACAACCAACUCCAACACAUUAGCACAGAACUUAAAUUUUUCAUCCGAUAGCCAAAUGUUUAUCUGUGGAUGUUGGCCCUUCUUGCCUUGAAUCUAGGUCAAUGUCUAAGCACUCUGAUUUGGACAACCUUCUAGACAUACGAGUUACAGUGGGCGAUUGUGACUCAGAAGAUCUUGCCUCAAAUGUUCUCUGCACUCCUAAUCUGAUGGACAAACCAUUACAGGCACCUUCAUAUGUUUCCAGCCCAAUUUCAAGAAUGCCCCUGAAGGAGGCUUCACUUCUACCAUUGAAUACUCCCAGUGAUCUAUCUAUUCAGUUAAGAUGGAGUCAUCAGAUGGUGGUUGAUACCGGGGUCUCAUUAAACUCAAGUUUCGGGAGUAACCUUGAAAGGCUCACUACCUACAAGAAACUGCUUGCAUAGUGGACUGGGAGCUGGAUUCAAGAGUUCACCUCAGCAUUUAGUAUGACCUAUAUUAGCCCCAGGAGCUACAUGAUGCUCAACUGAUCUAUGUUGUUAGUCCAACUUAUCCCUCCUUGGGAACUCAGCAGGAGGUUGAGCUUUUAAAGUAUAACUCUUCUGAACAUUCUACACAUGCUCAUUGUGCCGCCCCUCCUGUAGAGGAGUCUGAGGCACCUUCAUGCUCUUUACCUGUUAAUAGCAAACAUCUUCUUUUCUGUGAACCACACCACCCAUUGAGAUCAUCAGGAGAGGUUCAUCUGCAGUUGCCACCAGCUCGUCUCAGGGAUAGGCCUUCUCCAUUGCUGCCUCCAGGCUUCGGAACAUGCUCCCUGCUGAAACAAGAGCCUCCCCAUCUCUGACAACUUUUAAAAAGACAGCCAAUGGAAAUGUGGAAGCAAAAGUGGUCUGUUUCUAUAGAAGGAGAGACAUCUCAAGCACUCUGAUUGUAUUGGCUGACAAACAUGCAAGAGAAAUGGAAGAAGAGAUGGAAAAUCCAGAAAUGGUGGAUUUACCAGAAAAAAAUAAACAUCAGCUACGACAUAGAGAACUGUUUCUUUCACGACAGUUGGAAUCCUUACCAGCCACGCAUAUUAGAGGCAAAUGCAGCGUUACUCUUUUAAAUGAGACAGAAUCCCUUAAAUCAUAUCUGGAACAUGAGGACUUCUUUUUUUAUUCGCUAGUAUAUGAUCCACAACAGAAGACUCUUCUGGCUGAUAAAGGAGAGAUCAGAGUUGGAAACAGAUACCAGGCUGACAUAACAGACCUACUGAAAGAAGGUGAGGAUGAUGGCAGAGACCAACUGAUGCUUGAAACAAAAGUCUGGGAAGCAUUUAAUCCAUUAACAGACAAACAAAUCGACCAGUUCCUUGUAGUAGCACGCUCUGUUGGUACAUUUGCUCGUGCUUUAGACUGCAGUAGUUCUGUUCGGCAACCAAGUUUACACAUGAGUGCUGCUGCAGCUUCUAGGGACAUCACACUGUUCCACGCCAUGGAUACUUUGGACAAAAAUGUCUAUGACAUUUCCAAGGCGAUCUCUGCCCUUGUGCCACAGGGUGGACCCGUCUUGUGCAGGGAUGAGAUGGAAGAGUGGUCUGCUUCUGAGGCAAACCUCUUUGAAGAAGCUCUUGAAAAAUAUGGAAAAGAUUUCACUGAUAUUCAGCAAGAUUUUCUUCCAUGGAAGUCCUUAACCAGCAUAAUUGAAUAUUAUUAUAUGUGGAAAACAACAGAUCGAUAUGUUCAACAGAAACGGCUAAAAGCUGCAGAAGCAGAAAGCAAACUAAAGCAAGUGUAUAUUCCUAAUUAUAACAAGCCAAACCCUAACCAGAUCAAUGUAAAUAACAUCAAGCCAGGAGUGGUAAAUGGUACAGGAGUUCAGGCACAGAACAUGGGAGCAGGACGAGCUUGUGAAAGCUGCUAUAUAACACAGUCUUACCAAUGGUAUUCUUGGGGUCCUCCUAACAUGCAGUGUCGACUUUGUGCAUCUUGCUGGAUAUACUGGAAGAAAUAUGGUGGCUUGAAAAUGCCAACACGGCUAGAUGGAGAGCGACCAGGACCAAACCGCAAUAACAUGAGUCCUCACAGUGCACCUAUUCGAAACAGUGGGAGUCCAAAGUUUGCCAUGAAAACACGGCAGGCUUUCUAUCUACACACAACAAAGCUGACCCGGCUUGCCAGACGAUUAUGUAGGGACAUCUUACGUCCUUGGCAUGCAGCACGGCACCCUCACAUGCCUAUCAACAGUGCAGCUAUCAAAGCAGAAUGCACAGCUCGUUUACCAGAAGCUUCAGAAAAUCCAUUGUUACUAAAGCAAGUUGUUAGAAAACCGUUAGAAGCAGUACUUCAGUAUCUAGAGUCUCAUCCCUGCCCUCUGAAACCUGAUCCUGCUAAGAGUUUGUCUGGCUCCCUCAGCAGCAUGCCUUGUGCUAAAUUUGCUCCAGUGAUUAAUAAUGGAUCUCCAACUAUCUUGGGAAAAAGAAGUUAUGAGCAGCACAAUGGAAUGGAUGGCAACAUGAAGAAGCGCCUCUUGAUGCCUAUCAAAGGUCUGCCUAACCACGGACAAACCAGACAAAUGGGACCAAGUCGAAGCUUGCUGCUCAAUGGGAAAUCAUACCCAACAAAAGUCCGGUUAAUCCGUGGUGGAACCAUACCUCCAGUGAAAAGGAGGAAGAUGAACUGGAUUGAUGCUCCCGAUGAUGUUUUCUACAUAGCCACUGAGGAAACCAGGAAAGUUCGCAAGUUGCUUUCCUCCUUGGAAGCUAAGCGUGCUGCAAGAUGCCCCUUCAAGCCCAUCAUUCUCCGGCCACUACAGGGUCUGCAUCUGCAACAGCCUGUUGAUGAACCAAUAAUCAUUGAGGACUAAACCAAACUUGACACCCGAGUGGAGUUUCCAGAGACUUGCUUCAACGCAGCCCAUAAUGUACUAUAGGAUUUGUUGCUAUAGUAUUGGAUCCACUGCUGAUGAGACAGAACUAAUUAAUACACAUAUUUUUUAAUCAAAAAAGGAACUCAGCUCUAUUCUGAGUCUUGACGACCACACACUGCGCAUGAAUGUGCUUUUUUAAUUAUUUCUUGUAGCAGAUUUUUCCUUUGCUUGAUUUGCAGAAUUUUCCUUUUCUGCUCCUUUUGUAAACAAGUGGGAAGUAAAUUUAACUUAUUGAGAGAAUGGGGGAUAGUAAUCUUAGUGUUUUCUGUUUUCUUUUUUGACGAAGAGAAAUCUAGAUGGCUUCAUUUUGUGACUGAACUUUACUUGCCAAGCUGUUUUAUGAGACUGUUGUAGUUUUUCUACUAUUAUUUUGUUGACAGUAUCAUUUUAAAAUUCCAUUUAUAUUAUUCCUUUGUUGAUAAAGUGCCAAUGUGUGUCUGUUCUGUUAGGAAAUAGAAGAACUGGAAACCAGCAACGAUUUCUCUUCUCUUGGGAGCUGGAAUUCUUUUUUGUGAUAUCUGUGCAGCAUAAAAAUGUUCUCUAGAACACUGGCACUCUCAACUUGAGGGGAGAUUUUCAACUCUAUGCAUGCCGUGAGAGUUAUUAAGGCCAAACAGAUGCUCACAAUCAAGGGUUCAUAGCCCAAUUAGAAGUAGUAACCAUGACUUUCCCAAAAUAAAGCUUAACUUGAGAGGAAUUAUUACACUUUAUUUGUUUAAUGAAUUUCUGGCAGGAUGUCAUUUACUAAAUGACAUCCUGGUGUCAUUUACUAAGGCACAUUAAAUAGUUAUGCCCAUCUAGUUCAGUUUUCUUCUGACGAUCAUGACAGCAACAACUCAGGGAAUAUUCUUUUAAAGGGUUUCUCUUUUAUUACUCAUUUUUCAACCAAUUUUAGUCAUCGUCCCCCCCCCCCCGCCCCCGCACUAGUUUAUUUUUAGUUGGGGACCAUCUUGCUCUCUCCCCCGCCCCCCGGUCUAUUUCCCCCCAGUAAUCCUAUGGCACAGUGUUAGCAGACAGCCUGCUUCCCACCCACUCCUCCUUUUUGUCUGUGCUAAGAAUCAAUGGCUUGCCAAUCAGAAGCCUCAGCACCAGUGGCGCACCUAGGUAGUUUUGAUGCCCAGACCAUACCCACUGCAAGCUCCCCACACACACACACACCCCAUGAGGCUGAACUGCCAAUUUUUAAAAUUAUUCUAGAGGGUGGGGGUGAGCCGAGCAGGCCUCCCCGCAUGGUGGCAGCAGGUGGAGCAGGAGCAGCGGCUGGGCCUGCCCUUGAGAACUGCAAGGGGCUCCAGCACACCUGCACAGUUAUAAUAGAGCAUCACGACUUGGGAUGCCUUAUGAAAGCUAGUAUAAAAAAUAAAUAACAAAUUAUUCCUGUGUUUUGAGACUGCCUGAGAGCUCCCAGACUCUAAAAUUGAAAACCCAGAGAGAUAGUUGAGCAAAAUCUCUGUCCAGAUGCCAAAAGCAGAUUUGCCAUGAACUAAUACUUGUGCUUGAUUGCCUGGGAACAUCAGUACUCCCCUUGAUUGCUGUGGACCUGCACAAAGCCACAUCUUGGAUGCUGCCUAUCCUUGCUUUCCACCAGGAAGACCUAAUAAGAGGCCCCAGCUUCCCCUUUCCCAUAGGAAGCACUCCUUUGGCAUUGUGCACAAAACAGCAGGUUGAGGAAAGGCAAAGGAACUUUUUCUUUACUCCAGAUCUUUCUUGUUCACUUUCCUGUCUCCCUCAGCCUCCUUCACCCUCUGCCUCUUUCACCACAACUCUUUCAUCUAUUGCCUGCAUAGCCAUCACUCCAUCUCUCUGCUGUAGCCUUGGGUGGCCAAGGUUGCCAAAUACUGGCAUUUGCAUUGUGCUUCUGUUUUCUCAAUAAAACUUAGGGAUUUUUUGUUUCCCACCGA